CUAGCAUCAUGUCCGAAAGCAUUUAAAAUGUGGUGCAGAUGCUAAUAGUCUCAGACAUCUGUAACAACUCAUUAUCAAAGCUUCAAGAUCAGCUUCAGAUCAGAAAACAUGAGGGCAUCUACUUUGUGUCUGGUGUUCGGGCUGGUCCUGCUGAUGACCUGGACUUCUGAGGCUGCACCUAAGGCCGUUGCUGCUGCAGUUCCUGAGAGGUGCUGCUUCAAUUUUAUUGAUUUUCAGAUUCCAGGCAAUAAAAUUGUGAGUGCUGAGAAGACAGGUUCAGACUGCCCUCAAGCAGCCAUUGUGGUUACAACACAAAAAGGUUUAGAAUUUUGUGUGAAACCAGACGAGCCUUGGAUAAAGACUGUGAUCGAGCAGCUUGAAAAAAACAAAACAGGCUAAACAAAGUAAAAACUAAUACUGUUACUGCUUUAUACAACUGUCCUUUUUUAAUAAAUGUAUUUUUGCAUCUCCUGAUUAUUAUUUCAAGCAACUGAAUGUUAAACUGUCUUUAUUUAGCACUCAAUCUAUGCAAAUAAAUAUUAAAAUGCACUGAGA